CUCGCAGCCUUGCAAAGGAGGCACUCAAUCAUAUAACAAUCAAUAUCGAGUUUCCUCGAGUCGUCUAGCCUGCUUAUUUGCCAGUAUAGCAAGAUAAAGUUUCUGUAACCCUUUGAGAUAGACAGCUGCAGAAUACAGAAUAUUUUGUCGCAGAGUUCAACCAUCAUGCUUUUUCUAUAUUGUUGUUAUUUCCUCCCUUUACAUACCUUGGCUUUUCGUGGAUUCUCUACAACAGUUCGUAGUAUUAUGGUUUUCAGAAUGAUCGCCUCAAUACGAGUGUGGCAAUCUGAGCGUCUUACUGUGGUCAGUGGCCGCGGUCAUCGGACACCUGACCACGGCUAAGCACAACCCAGCCUCACAGCCUCGUAUGUAUGCGCCUGUCGCAGCCUUGCUCCCUUGAUCUGGGGUAUAUAUUCUAUUCCCAGACUUCAUAUGUAAG